CGGGUUCUGCAAUUGCUUUCGGCCAGUCCCGCACUCCUGCCUACUCAUCGUCCGCCAAACAGCCGCCUCGCCCACGCAAAGCCGAGCCAUGCACACCACCGCGGAAGCAGUGGGCAGCGGCAGGGACCGCGGCGCGGCGGACAGCAGCUCGAGGCACGCCACCACUGCCACCACCGCCACCACGGCAAACCGCGGCGGCGGCAGCUGCAGCACCGGGCCCGCCUCGCCUCGCGGCCGCACUCGCUCUCGCCACUGCCUGUCACUGCGCCUCCGCUGCUGCAGUCCGCUGCUGCUGCUGCUGCUGCUGGCGGCCGCGGCGGUUGGCGUGCUGUGCUGCUCAGCCGCCUCAUCCGCCUCCUCCUCAGCCUCCUCCUCAGCCUCCUCAGCCGCCUCCUCAUCCACCUCCUCAGCCGCCGGGGCUGUGGAUGUGCUGACGCUGUCGGACGAGGAGGUCGAGGCGUGGCACACCGGAGGCCCCCUGGACCCGCACCCGCAGGGCGAGGAGGGCGAGGAGGAGCAGCCGCAGCUGAUCGCACACCACCGCCUCCACGAGCUCAUGUCCACUGGCGGCGAAGACGACACCGAGGACAACGGCCGCGAUGAUGAUGACCAGCGGGGCGGCCCUGACGGCACCACCGAUGGCACCACCGAUGGGGACGCCGCCGCCGCCGCCGCCGCCGCCCUGUUGCAUCUGGACGAGCUGCCCCUGGACGAGCUGGAGGGCGGCGGCGGCGGCGGCGGUGUGGGCGGCGGCGGUGUGGGGGGCGGGCUGAACGGCACCACCUCAUCGCGCAAGCUCAUGUCCUCCAUCCUGGCCGGCCCGCUGCCCGGCCUACACUUCGUCCCCCGCGGCUUCCCCAGCCCCGGCCUCAGUGCGGGCGGCCUGGGCCUGAUGGCGCGGCUGGGCGCCUUUGGACCGGCCGGGGCCGCCGCCGCCGCCGCCGGGCCGGGCGGCGUGGGCCCCGCCGCCGCCGCCGCGGGCGUGGGGCUGGCCUCGUACGUGGUUCAGGGCCAGGACCCGGUGGCCAUUGCGCUGCGGCAGCUGAGCAUUGUGGCCAUCCAGGCGUACGGCACCCUGGUGCAGAACAGCAUCAAGCGCGGCAUCAAGGCCAUCGACGUGCAGCUGGCCCGCUACGCCGCCUACCUGAAGCGGCUGGCCAAGCAGCUGGACGCCGCGGACGCCCAGGCGCAGCUGGAGGUGGCGCAGAGGGAGAUACGGGCCCUGGUGAUUGCACGUGCCGCACUCAAAGACUACGGAGCCCGCCAGGUGUCCUACGCCAAGUUCCUGACCGCCGCCGCCAGCGCCUGGACCAGCUGGUUCUACGGCAUCCAGUACCGCUUCGCCACCCUCACCAUCACGCUGCAGUGGGGCAACGACCCCAUCCAGUUCGAGCUGAACCGAGUGCUGUACAGCCUGGCUGACGCCACCAAGCUGUCCGGCCUGCUGCUACAGCCCUUCAUUAACGCAUUCAAAUACGAGCAGCGCUUCUCCAACGCGCUGUUCAACAUCCUGUUCGACUCCUACGUGCGGGAGCGCAACAGGCUCACAGUCACACCCGUGGCCACACUCAGUGCCCCGCUGGGCAGUGGUGGCAACCUGCCCGGUGUAAUCGCCCGAGUGCGGGAGCUGGUGCAGCAGCUGGGCGGCGGCGGCGCGGCGGACGCCCUCCGCACCGCCGCCCGCACCGCCCGAGACCAGGUGGCGGCGGCUCUGGGCAUCGGCGGCGGCGGCGGCGGCGGCCCCUCGGGCGGCGGCGGCCAGUCGGCACAGGGUGCGGGCGUCGCCACCGGCCAGUCGGCCGACCCCGCUGCUGCUGCUGGCAGUGGCGGCAGCGGCGGCAGUCGGCCGGGUGUGGCGGCGCUGGAGCGACUGACGGACAUGCUCAAGCAGCGCCAGGCGGCGGCGGAGGCGGCGGCGCAGGCGCAGAGCGCGGCGGCGGGCGACACUGCUGCCAGUGGCUAGUGGGUGUACAGUGUGGUUGUGGGUUUGCGGCACGUUGACGGCGUGUGCCAGCCAACCAGCAAGCAGUGGGUGCGGUUCGAACGCACGUGUGUGAUUUGAUGGCGUAACGGUGAUUUGUGGCAAGUCACAAAGUCGGCAGCAGCAGCGGCGGCACUCAGGGGAGGGAGGCAUGCAGCCGAGGCUUGCAAGCAAUAAUGGAGGGCCGCCGGCCCCUGUACCACACACGCAUACGGCGGUAUGUUAAUAUAUCUACACAAAGAUAAUUCUUCUCAUCAUGGAUUCCAAGCACGCAAGCAACGGAGAGGCAUUCGUCACAACGGCGCGCUAGGUGCCAUGCACCCACAUGGGUGGCUUACUAGCUCAUAUGUGUGGGUAGUUUGGUCUCGCUUGCUGCUGGCGCGCUUUGAUCGUGAUCCAACCGGAGAAGGAUACACAAAUAUGCAUGCAGCAGGCGUGCGGAUUGCUCUACAGACUGAGUCGUCCGUUGAGCGAUGGGGGUGGCGGUCGCAGUGGCGGCUGUGGUGGGGGCGGUGCGCCGUGUGUUCGAAGUAUUUCGAAGCGCACUGCUGAAGGACGCAUGGGUGCGCCUACCUGGCGGGGGGGGCUGGGCCUGGGGGCGGCUGGGGGCUGUGGUGCAGGGGCGGCUGAGGGCGGUGGGGCGGGGGUGGAGGGAUGCGAUGGAUGGCUUUCAUUGCGGUCAUCUAACCUACAAAGAUUUAGUGCAAAGUGAGACGUGUAGAACGUAAUGUUUAUAAUCCUUAACCAGGCCGCCGCAGUGUGGCGGCCGGGGACCCAUGCGACGUCGGAGUCGUGUGUGAGGAAUGACAGAAGUUGGGGCGGGGGGCCCAGCACGCCCGCCACCCACCGGGCCGGCAGCAGGGCUUACCUAUCAGACGGGAUGCAUGUGUGGUUACGUGUCUGCAAUUCGGUUUGUUGAGAUGAGACGGGGGGCGUGUAAUUGUUGCAGGCA